UUGUUUUCAGAAAGUCCGCAGCUUUUAAUCGCAACGAUAGUCUCAAACAACACGACUUGCCCAGCCAACGAAGAAUUCAAUGAAUGUGGCUCGGCCUGUGAGCCGACAUGUCGGGAGCCCAAUCCAGGAUUUUGUACUGCACAGUGCGUAGCGAAAUGCCAGUGUAAGAAGGGAUUUAUCCGCAACGACGAAAAGGUCUGCGUAGCUACUUCUGCCAGUUUGGCGAAACAAGACAACUGUGGUGUGAAUGAAGAACGAAAACGGUGUGGUAGCGCUUGCGAGCCGACCUGCGAUCAACCUCAUCCAGCGUUGGAUAUCUGUUUUGGAUGUUGCUCUCACGGAUUCCGAACUCUUGAU